CGCCCUGCAGCCGGGGCUGCGCCGCUGUCUCCGGCCCGGUGGGAUGUCUCGCCACCGGGGGUGGAAUAUUUAUUAGCCAUCCAGGCUUUUCUGCAUCACAAGUGAACACAGUAACACCCCGUGUUGUCGCAAUCGUGUCGGUGAGUUUGUGUGUUGGAGGACAUGGCAGACUCCGGCUGGGCCAGACCGGCGGACCCUGACGCCGCGGACAGCCGGACAGCGAGCCCUCUGACCGGGAAGAAAAGGGCGCAGCAGUCCCCUGGUGUCCGGCCCAAGCACCAGAGCUUCGCACCGGGCCACUGCCUCAAGAAAGUCACCCUGACCAAGCCCACGUUCUGCCACAGCUGCAGCGACUUCAUCUGGGGUCUCAUCGGCUUCCUGUGUGAAGUGUGUAACUUCAUGUGUCACGAGAAAUGCCUGAAGACGCUGCGCUCAGCUUGCUCCUGCAUGGCUCCGUCUUUGGUCCGGGUUCCCGUGGCUCACUGCUUCGGUCCGGCCGGUCAGAAGAAACGCUUCUGCUGCGUCUGCAGGAAACACACGGAGGGAAACACGGCGCUGCGCUGCGAAGUGUGUGAGCUGCAUGUCCACGCUGACUGUGCCAUCUUCAGCUGUGCAGACUGUCGCAGCUCUCACCUGGACGGGACUCUGCAGCCGGAUACGUUUCACCACCACUGGAGGGAGGGAAACCUGCCAUCAGCUGCGAGGUGUGAUGUGUGCCGGCGUUCUUGUGGCUCGUCUGACGUCCUGGCCGGGAUGAGGUGUGAGUGGUGCGGCUUCACGAGCCACGCAGCGUGUUACCUCGGCGUGCCGCCAGAGUGCACUCUGGGACGUCUGCGCAGCAUGCUGCUGCAUCCGGCCUGCGUCCGCCUCGACUCCAGAAACUUCAGCAAGAUGCACUGCUAUCGCAUCACAGAGAGCUGCAGCCAAGAACUGGAUAACGCAGAUGAUGUCGACUCGUCUACCGCUGCAUCUAAAGACGCUCAGCCGGCUGCUGCAGAACCCGGUAAACAGUUUGUGAAGGUGUUUGACGGAGAUGAUGCAGUUAAGCGCGGCUGCUUCCGAUUGGUCUCCAUCCAUCGAGCCACGAGGAAAGAGGAAGUGGUGGAGGGGGCUCUGAGGGCCUUCUACCUCCCCGAUGAACCUCUGGGCUACGAGCUGCAUGACGUCGGCGGCGUGCAGCGUCUCCAUAGCGACGACAUCCUCAACCGCAACGGCGGCCCCGACAACCGGAGCUCUCCGAAGGACGGAGGAGACGCCUGGCUGCUGAGGGCCAAACCCCGAGACGCUGAGGACAUCAGGGUGUACGCCAGCUGGCCCAGGUCGGGUGCAGCCUUUGUGUCCGUCUCCAUCUCUAAGAGCAGCACGGCAGCUUCAGUCCUCACGGAGGUCCUCGGUCUGCUCCACAGACAGGAGGAAGACUCGUCCGGGUUCAGUCUGCUGGAGGUCUGCAUGAGCAGCAAGCAAGUCCAGAGACAGAUGCUGAGUCCACAGGAGAAGAUUCAGGACAAACUGCAGGAGAUCAGAAAGAUGUCUCUGCGUCUGAUGAACCAGACUCGGUUCUACGCGGUGGAGACCAGGAAGCAGGCGGUGCAGGUCUGCGUGCUGAUUGGAGGACUGACUCCCCUGCUGACCUCAGAGGAAUACGCCCAGCUGCUCCAGGAUCACCUGGCCAUCAAGAGCCCAAAACCUCGUAUAUCUCGUCAUCAUCCUGGUAUACUGGAGGCAGCGUGGAGGCUCCGCCCACUGCUGGUGGUUGCCACGGUAACGUUAGUAGCUUUGAGUCUCAGAGAACGAGAUGUUGUGACCGAUGAGAGCCAAUCAGGAGGAGAGAUGUUGGCGUCUGUGUCGGUGUUGCCAGAGCAGGGGGAAUGA